AUGUCGGAGCUCACUACCACCAGAACCACUCGACACUUUCGCACCUUGCGCAACAAAUGUACCGCCCUCAAUUCCUUGAUUGUUGCCCCGCCGAAACCCACUGUCACAAUUACCUAUGGCCGCUCCUCGCAAACAAGACAACCAAUCAAAGACGAUGAGCCACCCCCACUAGCUAUCCUGCAAUCCCUUGAUAAACUCGGGGCACGACUUCAUCUCGACCGCGCGAUCAUUCAGAACAUGCAACUGUCCAAGCGCAUCUACGAAGUCAGGGACACUUUUAGGAACAUCGUCCAAGCUUCUUUCGAUGGUUCCCGGGAACAACUAGGAGAAACGCAUGAGAUUCCCUCUCUCACCAGCAUUUGUGCUAGGAUGAUCGGAGAGCUCGCUCAGUCCGAAGCGGAGGCAGCGGUUCACGAAGACCCCAGUUCCGAAGGUCGUGAAGACCAGAUCCGUUCACAGACCAUCGAAGGCCUAUACGAUAACGUCCCAACGCAAUACAGACACUUCACCCUCGUGGCGCAUGCGCUAACAUACAUCUUGGACACAUGUCCGCACCAUCCCACUCUCCUCAACGCGCUCCUCGAAGUCUGCGUAUCCUUUGGCUUGGAACCCGAAGCUCGCAUUGUCCUGCUACAGCUUUUCACCGUGGCCAUUCAGCCUCGCCCACAUUCCACUUGUCCAUGUCCUCUUACACACCCUGCACACAAGAACUUCCUAACCUCCCUCCGCGACACCUGCACCGGCUCUGUCCCACUCUCCAGCGUUCCAGUGACCGAUAGUAACCCCGUCAUCAACAACCGGACUUACACCCGCAUCCUCGUCGACGCGCUCUCGCAGCCCUGCCCAGAGCAGAUGCAUGCCUGGACGUCAAGGGCCGUCACCAAGCUCGCCCGCGAUCUACGAGAGCACGACUUCGAGGGAUGCUUCGUGCCUCUGUGUGCUGGGCUGGCCCAUUCUAUCCACCAGGUCGCCAGGUCGAGACAGAAGUCGGAUAGCUCCAAGCACGGCAAGACGCUCGACGACGUGCAUACCGAGCUGCGUACCGCCGCCAUGGAGCGGCUGGCCAAGUGGGUUGGGUCCAUGCUCGACAGGCUGCACGCCCGCGCGUACACGCCGAGCGGUGCUGUAGGGCUGGAUUACCGAGCUUGCGUCGACUUCCUUGUAGAUAUCGAGCCGCUUCGUCUACACAUUAGCACAGAGCCAGCGACGUCGCCAACGACAUGCCUAGCCGACGCCCUCUGCUGUCUCGCUGUGUACUGCCUCGUGUCACUCCCCGCACCUCCAUCGCCCACCCUCAAUCCCGACCUCCUCGUCCUGGAGAGCCUCCUCCACACAGCGCACGUCAAGAACACGACCUUCGACGGGCUCGUCUCCCACGUCUUCCCACUCCCCUCACUCGCCGUCUUUCACCCUCCCCUCCCACAAACUACGGAAGAGACCCCCACAACCCCUCCGACCCUGCCCACACCGGGCGAUGGCAGCGCACCCGCGAUCGACGCCCUCGCAGCUCCACUCCGCGCGCGGGGCCUCCACACGUGCGAAGUCUCGCUCUACAUCAGUGCGAUGCAGCACGUCGAGGAGCUCAUCGCUGCUCCUGUCAUUUAUUCCAGCCCUUCACCGAACCUAGAAAGGCAGCCGCUCAGCGAGAAGGAGCUAUUCGACCUCCGGCUGCAGCUCAUGGAUCGCGUCGAGGACGCCGAGCGGCGCUGUUAUGGCGGCGCAAGGCAUGGUGCGUCACGGGCUCCCGAAGGAGAACAAGAGUGGGUGUGGGAGGAGCUUGUUGGUUCUUGGGUGGUCAAGUCCCCUGCGGUCAUCAAGGCGAAGGCGAUGAGGGAGAAGGAGUUGGCUCGGGCGAGCAAGCGGCGCAAACUCGAAGAUGGACGUGCUGCGGCGACGAGGGUGCAGGCUCCUGCCACGAGCUCUAGUCGCUCUGCCUCCCGGGCCCUACCCCACUCGCACGAGAAGGAGAACUCUUCUGAACAUGACGAUGAGAAAUCGGACGAUGAGGAAGGCGAGCCUACCCCAGCUCCCAGGCGCAUCCGCAGCUUCGCCACCGUUCUCUCCGACUCGCGUCAGAACGUCAUCUCUCUCCGUGGCGAGCGCACAGCCAAAAAUCAGACGAAGGCGAAGCCGCAAGAGAAGGCAAAGCCUCGGGCAUCCGCACCCUCUCGCCUCCCGCAUGUCUUCGCCAUUCCCGAAUCGCCCGCGAGUGCGAGCGUGUCGGCCCCUGCGCCCUGGACGCCAGUUGCCCCGCGGCGCCGCCUCAACUUCGCAACUGCGCUCGCGGACUCGCACAAGAAUGCGAUCUCGUUGCGCGAGGAGCGCGCACGGCGAGAGCAGGGGAAGGCUUCCUCUGUCGCGCAUUCGCACUCACGAUUGAGCUCGCACUCGCACUCGACCAACCGUAAGCGGCCAUUUCACGCGCUCGGGAGAAGGUCCUCGGCGAACGAGGACGAGGACGAGGAAGAGGGGUAUGAGAAGGAGGUUGGGCGGCGAAACACGCGCGUGGACCUCGAGCCUGGAAGUAGCCCCGUGCGCAAUGCGUACGUCGAGCCGUCUUCGGACGACGCGCUGAACUUGUUCGCGUAUCCUGACUCGUCGCCUGUCAAGAUACGUCGCUGCGGGGCAUAGGGAGAAGUUCCGCGAUAUAACAUCCAGCACGCGUCAAGCGCUAUGCUACGCGGAACCUGGCGUUUUCGUCCCUCUUCGCCUCCAACAUCCAGAUAUAAGCACCAAUCACGCGUCCUUUCUUUGACCCCUCUGGCAUGGUACAUACAUACAGGACUAGCCGAACCGACGGCAGAUGAAUGUAGGGUUCUUCGUGCCUCCCGCAGCUGCAUCUAUCGAGCAACCACUUAUAGCUCUCUGUGCGUCCGAACUCCGGCUCAACUCGUCACGCUCGUUGUUCAACACUCGGCGAUGUAGGUAUCAAGCUAGUUAGGAAGUCGCUCGACUAUCAUGUUUGCUUCAUUGAGGAGGCAAACGAGGGUAGAGAUGUUGAAUCUUGACAAUGUACCAUUCUA